AGUUAAGUUCAUAUUGACACCGUUGAGGAAGUUUUAUACGUGCACGGUUUCCUCUACAUAUAAAUGCAGAGGAUGGCAAAACCACUGUCACAGAUAUGCAAUGUUAAUAAGUUUGAAUGGUUUGCGAUAUGAACUUACAACAUCGGAAAAUAAGCCUUAAAUGUCGGAGAGCGAGGAUGACAAAUACCGGACAGGGGAAGAGACUCUGUGGGAGGCGGCGUCGAGGAGCGACAUCCCGUUGAUAGUCAGGGUAAAUGAGACGUAUCAAAACGAAGACUACGACGACGCCGGUUGGUUUGAGGACGGUAUGGAGCUCAUGGUGGAAGGUAUACGCUCGAUCCCGUACGCUCGGGUCCGGGUUUUAGACGUACACGACGAAGAGCAGGCGCGAAAGGCGCACUACGACGAUUUCGUGGAGGAGAGGCAAAUGUUCUUGGACCAGGUGUACCUGAUGCCUAUUAACGUCCCUUUGAAAUUGAAGCUGGUCACUCGACCAGGGAAACCAAAUAAGUAUACCUCAAUAGCACAGGUGAUAGAAGACAUGCCGAUGAAGCUUCUGGUCGACCGAGAUGUGAUAUCGAUACCGCCUGGUGGCGGUCACAUCACACUGGUUCCGGCAACCACAGUGCUUACCGUCAAGCGCGUGUUCACUUGCUCUAUCGAUAAGGCGCGCUAUCUCCAAUGCUCAUUUCAAUCGCAGCAUGUGUCAUUUAAGGAGACGUUACGCGUGCAGUUUAGUGCCAGCAGCGACGACUCCUUGUACACUAUGCACUAUUUACAGAUGACCAACGUUUUUCCCACAGUAUUUGAGUUUCUGAAUCCGAAACCGGACGACGUUGUGCAUUACGUCGAUUACGAAGCCAAUGCCGCACUCACCAUAGCAGAAGGUCCGCUGGAGAUACUGGGCAUCGAACACCUUAACGUGGUCGUCGGCUGGAAACGCCAACAAGAAGCAAAAUCGUAUAGUACGUUGGUCAUACCGGAGUCCCGCGCAAAGACGCUGAUGGUUCAGAAACGUCAUUUUAAGGACAGAUUUAUUAAAAACAACUAUAUUCGAAAAAGGUAUACGGCGUGCACAUAUCUGGACUUUGUCUCAGAAAAGUUGUAUUUGAUACCGCAGGAUCAACCGAAUGCUGUGUGUCUGAAAAGUCCAAAUCUUUUCUUCUUUGACCCGAAUGCUGGUCGACUCCGCAUGGCAAAGAAUGGCAUCAUAUUUAAUCCCUCCACUGAUGAAGAAUCAUACGACAGCGACGACGUCUACGCAGACAUUGCGCCCCCUAUACCAGAACGAGUUCCAAUCACCUGUCCUCAGGCUUUACAGAAUGUUAAAAAGAAAAUCGGUCUUUUUCACAAGAUUCACGAGGAAAUCAAGUCCUUUUUUAAAAGAAAAGGGAAAAGUCGACGGAGAAAAAGGCGAGGAGAACAAAUGCGAGAACCCGGUGAAUGUCUAAGCAUUCUCAUGUACAGGCGUUCGAAAUCUAUGUCUGACAUCGACAAACUAGACGACAACGCUACCCGGAACGUCAGAAAUAUCAGUACUAUGGGUUACAGGAAACCACCCGCUCCACCCCCUGGGUGCACUGACGCGAUACAGAGCAAUAAACCUACACGAAGCAUUCCAUCUACACCGAAUACGUUCAACUCCAGCUUUCCAACUGAGAACCUCAUGAAACCUACCACAAGAGUUCCAUCUACACCAAGCAAGAGUAAAUCCGAGGCCAGCUCUCCAACUGACACAUACACUACAAAAACCAACAGCUUUUCACCAAUAUUGAGCAGGAGUCGAUCCGCCUCAAGAUCUCCGUCUGAAAUACGCAGGGAAUGGCGCCCCCUUUCGGCAUUAGUGUCCUCCCACAGUGACGAGGAAUCUGAUAACUACAUAAUUCCGUGCCCCUCGAUACCUCCGCGACGUUCCACAAGAGCUCCGAGAAGCCCUGCACCACAUAGGCCGGCGCCACCAAUUCCGCUUGACGAUAACAAUAGAAACCACGUGAUUGCUAACGCCGACCCUAGUGACCAUCCCGAAGCACUUCCGGUAACUACUCACUCCGAAGAAGCCAACGAGAAAGCAGGGUACGCAACGAUAUCGCAGAAAUGCAUGGAAAGUAUCCUGUGCCCCGGACAAACGAGUGAAGACUUUUACAAGUAUUCCGUUAUUGAACUAUACCACCUGUUGAAGCACUGCAACCUUCAUGACAUCGCUAACAUUUGCUACGAGCACCGUUAUGAUGGGAAUUUCUUCGCAAACGUAGAUGUUCAGCAGCUCCUUCAAGAUCAACCGUUCAGUGCCUCUAACAUUCAAAUACUGAAGUUUAAAAAGCUCCAGGAUGGAUGGCGUCCUAGUACUUACACUUGGUGCGCGUCUUAAAGUUACGCUAUCCAUUACAUUGAUAAACGCCUUAAACGGCAAUAUUGAAUAACUGAAAUUAAUGGAUGAAUAUUUAAAGAGCAUAAAUCAUUAUGUUUGAUUCACAUUAUAAUUAUAAUGUAGUUCAAUUACAACUCAAAAUCUACAAUAAUGACUAAGUAAAAAUUAAUGCAUCCAUUCGUAUUCUUGCGGGUCUUUUUAUUGAAAUAUAUGCUGUUUAGGUCGAUUUGCAGUCCCAUUUGCAUGAGGCUUGCCUUAUAAGUACACAAUUGUUGUAUGUUAUAAAUACAGAAAUAAUGCGUUGGAUAAGUUUCCUUAUAUGAUGUUUAUUUGCAAACAUUACAUCGUCUUAAAAAUAUAUAUUGAAACUAAUGUUCAAAUUCUGACUGUAUGUAAUGACAAUGCAUCAUUGUUUACAACUGGCAUUGAAGAU